AUGACUUUCUUUUCGUCCGAAGCAGAACUAGCACUCAUGGCGCCGGUUGACGGCAUGGGUCACCUCUACCCCUCUAGCACAUGUCAAUCACCCCCCAGCAUCAUGUACUCACCACCACUACACCACAUGGCUCAUCGACCCCAAACGACCAUGUCCGCACACGCAGGAAUGUACACUCCACCUCAAGAUUACAGACCGGUCAUGGAGUCCCCAUACCCACCUCACGCACUCUGGUCGACACAACCAUCAUCAAUACCGCUACCUCAAGUAACGUCGUAUUCCUACCCAUCUUUCUCCGAGAUGGCAUCUCCCCCGAUGCUUGCGCAUGACUCGACGUUGCUCUCACAAUCUUUCGGUGCGUCUCGACCGUCAAGAUCGCACUCCACAUCGUCGUCCGUAGGUCAUGGCAUGCCGUCCAACGUCCCCUCUGAAAGAUCACCACCCGCACUGUCACGGUCGCUCUCUCCUUCCUCGCCGGAUCUUCGAUCCUAUGGUAUCCCGAACAAGAAUGGUACAUGGAGCUGUGCUUUCCCAGGAUGCACUUCAAGAGCAGUUUUCACCCGCGGCUGCGAUCUCAGGAAGCACUAUAAGAGGCAUACAAAGUCCUUCUUCUGCCGCCAUGGCGACUGCCCACAGUCUACAGGAGGAGGCUUUUCGAGUAAAAAGGAUCUUGCGAGACAUGAGGCCAAGCACAACCCGGGCGUGUUGUGUGACUGGGACGGAUGCGACAGGGUCUUCAGUCGCGUGGACAAUAUGAGAGAUCAUGUCAAGCGGAUUCAUCUUAAAGCGUCCAGGAAAUCUUCGACAACGUCCUCCUAG